CCUACACUGGAUGUUUUCACCAUCAGAAGCGACCGUCCAGCCGAAGUCUUGUCUGUGUAAAGAUACAUAGUAAACAGUAUGUUUCCUCUCGUGCUGUUUGUCCGCGUCUGCGAUUGGUGCAGAUGAAUGGCCUUCCAACACACGUGACGUCACUGGCUGUGUGGAAGAGUUCAGUUCGGGUUUAGAAAGAGUGCGGCUGUGUGGACAACAUCGCGUGGAGUGGAUCGGUUGUUUGCAUUUGGUGUCUUCAACAGAUGUUUAUCAUGUCAAGUACACUUUGAGAACAAAAGUGAAUCCAACAAGAAGCUAACUGUGCCGUGGGGACGUUUGCCUCCUUUUGUAAACAUCCCAGAGAAAUGACCCGUCCUUCGAGCCCUCUCCUCCUGGACGAUGACAUCUCAAAGAAACUGCUGCUGUGCCUUCUGCUGACUUGGAUGUUGAGGAAGGCUGGCGGCGACCGCUACAAGGCCAGGAUCGUCACCAUCGAGGUGAGCGAUCAAAACUCGUCCUUGUCCUUCGAAAUAAGUCGGUCAGGGCCGGCCAUCAAAUUGGCCAUCGAGCAGUCGCAGGCGCUGUACAACGACACGGUGGAGCUACUGUGGGAGUUCCGCGCAGGCUCCUGCGGACCGGAAGUCGUUGGCGCGGUGGCAGCAGACGUGUACUACACAACUGGUGUGGAUGUCUUUAUUGGUCCAGGCUGCAGCAAGGCGGUGAUGCCACUGGCACACAUGGCCAACAGCUGGAACCUGCCCAUCAUCACGCCUGUGGGCAACACCGAGAUCAUCGGCAACAAGAAUCAGUUCCCGCGCCUGACGCGCACCUCCUACUUCAUGCAGGGGCAGUUCGCAGACGUCGUCGUCUUCCUGAUGGAGGAGUACCUCUGGAACACCGUGGCCGUCAUCAACGACCAGGGCACCCUCUUCUACGACCUCCUGGGACUCACCUUCGACCAGAUUCUCGAUACCAGGGAAGAUCUGACAUGGCGACGAAUACCAUUCACGCUUUCGGCCAUUGACGAUAGGGAUGACUUCAACAUCUACUUAAAAGAAGCGAGCAGAUUUGCACGAGUCAUCAUCUGUCUUCUCGACCUUAUGGCUUCAAGGGAGUUGCUGCUCGCGGCGCAUGCGCUAGGCUAUACUUCCGGCGAUUAUGUCUUCAUCCUGCCGGGGCUGACCGAGAUGCCGACUAUGGACCUAUGGAAGCGAAACAAUACUGAAGAAGACAAGCUGGCAAGGCAAGCCUUUGAGAGCGUGAUCCUGCUGGUGUUGGCUCAGCCACUAGCUGUGCCGCUGGACCACUUCAAGAAGCUCAUGAGAAGAUCGUCCCUUGAACAAUACGGCUACGAUUAUGGUAACAAAGAGCCAGAAACAUCUGUUGUGAUAUACUACGAAUCAGUCAUGAUGUAUACCCAUGUUCUCAACGAAACUCUUUCUGCCGGAGGAAACCCUAAGGAUGGCAUAGCUAUGACAAAGAAGAUGUGGAACAGAACCUUUCAAGGACUUGCGGGUCCUUUGGUGGUCAAUGAGAUGGGCGACAGAGUAUCAGACAUCGUGGUCGUGGAUCUGAACCCUUCCACCGGCAACUUUGAAUCAGUCCUGGUAUACAGAGUGGAGAACAGAAGCUGGCAGCGCCAGGGCACCAACGGCAUCUUCUGGCCCAACGGCAAAGGGCCGCCACUCAAUAUUCCUCUCUGUGGCUUCCGGAACGAGAAUUGCGAUGUGAAAGGGGAAGCAGAUCAGCGAAUCACAAUAGCCCUCAGCGUACUUUUUUCCGGUGUGCUUCUCAUUGGUCUCAUUGUCUUUAGUGUUAUCUUCAGGUAGGAAAGACGAAAGAAAGAAACAAUCAAAAGAAAGAGAAAAAGAUAAAAAAAACGUGAAUAACUGGAUAUUUUCAUUUCCUAUUCUUUUUUAUUUCGGUUAAUAAAAUGUGAACUGUAUGUAUCUUAAAAUUUAACCUAAAGAACAGC